GUAAGUUUGUAGCAUACCAUAAGCAACAUCAACCAUGGCCAUACACAAAUUUCUCUCCCUUGCUUUUCUCUUCUUUUUCCUACACUUUCUUUCUUUCCAUGCAACAUCAUUUACAACAGCAGCACCAUCAUCCGCGCUCUCAGAAGUAGAGGCUCUCAUGAAAUGGAAAGCCAGCCUCUCUGCAGCACAAGCUCUCCAUUCAUGGUCGCUUCCUUCUACUAAUUCUACCACCAACACAAUCUCUCCAUGCAACUGGAUUGGGAUCUCAUGCAACAGCCUUGGAAGUGUAACAGAGAUAAGCCUACCGAGUGCAGGCUUGGAAGGUAAGCUCGACAACUUGAGCUUCCCCUCAUUUUCAAACCUCCUCCAUCUCAAUCUCAGUUUCAACACUCUCACCGGUACCAUCCCAGCCCAUAUUGGCACUCUUCACAAACUCACAUCUUUCGAUCUGUCUGCAAAUAAAAUAAGUGGACCAAUACCUCUGGAAAUAGGGAAUCUUGUGAACUUGAAUAAGCUGGCCUUGUCCACUAACCAUCUAGAUGGUUCCAUCCCUUCCACUUUAGGAAAUCUGACAAAGCUUUCCAUCUUGUACCUAUACAAAAAUCAAAUCUCUGGCUCCAUUCCUUCACAAAUAGGAAAUCUACAAGCUCUGGUCGAUUUUUCAUUGUACAGUAACAAUCUGAGUGGUCCUAUCCCUCCUGCUUUAGGUAAUUUGAGCAACCUUGCAUUCUUCUAUCUCUACGUAACCCAAGUUUCUGGUUCAAUUCCACCAGAAAUAGGGAAUCUGGUUAAUCUUAGAAAGCUUGACUUGUCCGCUAACCUUCUAACAGGUUCUAUCCCUUCCACUUUAGGAAACUUGACCAAGCUAACUUUCCUCCAACUCUUUGAGAAUCAAAUUUCUGGUUCUAUUCCUCCAGAACUCGGGAAUUUAAUGAGUCUCAAUGAGUUACUAUUGUACAGUAACAAUCUGACUGGUUCUAUCCCUUCCACUUUAGGGAACUUGACCAAGCUUAGUCGGCUGUCCCUUUUUGACUGUCAAUUAUCUGGUUCCUUGCCUAAAGAAAUGACAAACAUGACAAAUCUUUCUAAACUCUACUUGAAUGGCAACUUCUUCUCUGGCCAUUUACCUCAGUUAUGCCAUGGUGGAUCUCUAAAAUUCUUCACUGCAUUCGACAAUGAUUUCACUGGUGAGAUCCCAAGAAGCUUUAGAAACUGCACUAGCUUAACAAGAGUGCGACUCAGUGGAAACCGACUCAUUGCAAACGUAUCUGAAGCCUUUGGUGCAUACCCACAUCUCAUAUACAUGGACGUCAGCAACAACAUGUUGUUUGGUGAACUCUCACCAAACUGGGGAGAAUGCCAAAACUUGACAAAGCUACAAUUCUCGGGGAACAAAAUCACUGGUAGAAUUCCUCCCGAGAUUGGGCAGUUGAAACAGCUAGCAUUCCUUGAUCUUUCUUCGAACCAUUUAGUAGGAGAGAUUCCAAAGGAAUUUGGAAGGCUGGCUUCUUUGUUCAACAUGACUUUAAACGAUAAUCAGCUUUCUGGUCAGGUACCCCAAGAGAUUGGAAAACUAUCCAAUUUGGAGGUUCUGGAUCUGUCAAUGAAUCACCUAAGUGGUCCAAUACCACGUCAGUUAGGGGAUUGCUCCAAACUCCAUUAUCUGAAAUUGAGUGAAAAUGCUUUGAAUGGAAGCAUUCCUUUUCAGAUUGGUAACCUAGUAUUCCUACAGGGAUUACUAGAUCUAAGUCAUAACUCCCUCAAUGGAAAGAUACCUCCACAACUCGUGAAAUUGGUUAGUCUGGAAAUUUUAAACCUCUCUCACAACAUGCUAUCAGGUUCCAUUCCGCCUUCUUUUGAAGGGAUGGUCAGCUUGCAAUCUAUUGAUUUCUCAUACAAUACUUUGGAAGGUCCUAUUCCCAACAGCAAAAACUUUCAAAAGUUUCCUGCAGAGGCAUUUAUAAAUAAUAAGGGCUUGUGUGGUGAAGUGCAAGGUUUGCGACCUUGCAAUGCCUCUUCAGUAAGUCAUGGCGAUGCGAAGAAAGGCCAUAGAGUUGUGAUCCUCAUUAUUCUUCUCUUCUCAAUAUUGUUUCUUUUAUUUGCAAUCGUUGGCAUAAUUUCUUCCGUUUAUUAUCAAAGAAGAAAAAGAAGAAUAGGGAAAGUGGUUCUUGAAAGGAGCAGAGGAAAUACAUUUUCAACAUGGAAUUAUGAUGGGAUUGCCACAUUUGAAGACAUUGUGGAGGCGACAGAGAGUUUUGAUGAAAAAUAUUGCAUAGGAACUGGAGGUUAUGGGAAAGUUUACAAAGCAAAUCUACCAGCAGGCCAGGUAGUAGCUGUGAAGAAACUUCACCCACUCGAAGUUGGGAAUCAAUCCGAUCAAAAAAGUUUUAGGAAGGAAAUAAAAGCAUUAACAGAAAUCCGCCAUCGCAAUAUUGUAAAGCUUUAUGGCUUCUGUUCCCAUGCUCGAUUCUCAUUUCUAGUCUAUGAGUACAUGGAAAGGGGAAGCUUGGCAAGCAUCCUAAGCAACGAUGAAAGAGCUGCACAGUUGGACUGGACUCUAAGGGUGAAGGUUAUCAUAGGCGUGGCCCAUGCUUUAUCUUACAUGCACCAUGAUUGUACCCUGCCAAUUGUCCAUCGAGACCUAUCAAGCAACAAUGUUCUGUUGAAUUCAGAACUUGAGGCUAGUGUCUCUGACUUUGGAACUGCACGAUUGCUGAUACCUGAUUCCUCAAAUUGGUCUACACUCGCAGGCACUUAUGGAUACAUAGCUCCAGAGCUUGCAUAUACAAUGAGGGUGACUGAAAAUUGCGACAUAUAUAGCUUCGGUGUUGUGGCACUUGAAGUGAUGAUGGGAAGUCAUCCUGGGGAGCUCGUCUCCUCUUUGUCAUCAUCAAGUAGACAAGAUACACUGAUAAAAGAUAUGUUGGACCAGCGUCUCUCAGAUCCGAUGACUGAUGUUGCACAGCAAGUCUUAUUUGUGGUAUACAUGGCUCUUGCAUGCAUUCGGCCAGAUCCAGACUCUCGGCCAACCAUGCGACAUGUGGCUCAGGAGCUAUCCAUUGGUGGGCCUUCUUUCUCGCUACAGCCAUUCCAUGCACUUACAUUCCGUCAACUGAUGGAUCUGAAGGUAUAGUUGGGUGGAUGAAAAUCACCAAGUUUGUGGGCAUGUGGUGGCAUGUACAUAAUUACUGCGUGUUUAUUGUAUGAAAAUCAUCUAGCAUAGAUAAGUUGUUUUUCUUGUUAUGAUAUGUACAUAAUUCAGUAUGUGGAAUCGAUGUUUAUAAAAAAAUGUAGUAUUUAAGAGUUGGUGGUCGAAAUCUAUAUGUAAUAAAGUAUUUGAAAGAAUAAAGAUAUUUUCUUGUGUGGUGA